AUGAUUUAUCGCGUUUUGCACGCAGCUAAGUUUGUCGCGAGAAGUGCGGUUACCCGCACCAAGCUCAACAAUCCUUUGGUGUAUACAAGGUGUCAGGAUGUAUCGCUCAAGAUAACACGUUGUAAGAAAUACUUGACAUCGGAAGGCAAGAAGAAUGAAGAUCACAGUGACGAGAAUGAGGAUCGCAAUGUCAACAUAAAAGCUUUUGCUGCACUUGCCGUGAUUGGAUCAGCUAUCGGUGCCUUCAUUAACAUCCGGGCAUACGAGCGUAGAAAAAAGAAAGAGCAGGUCGCUACAGAAGGUCCAUCAUACGGCGCCCCAAAGCUGGGUGGAGACUACAUGCUGAUAGACCAGAAUGGAAAGCUUCUAGGUAGCAAGGACUUACUUGGCAAAUGGGUGUUCAUAUACUUUGGUUUCACGUACUGUCCCGAUAUCUGUCCCAAUGAAUUGAUGAAACUUCGUGAAGUCAUGAAGAUUCUUGAGAAGGGCGGAAAGGACCAAGCGUUACAGCCGGUGUUCAUCACCAUUGACCCUGAGCGAGAUGGGCCACAACAGCUUAAGGACUAUCUAUUGGAUUGGGAUCCUCGCAUCAUUGGAUUGACUGGAUCGCCAGAUCAAAUUUCAGAAGUCUGUCAAAAGUUUCGAGUCUACUACAGCAAGGCCUACGUUGGAUCGAAGCCGACAGAUUAUCUCAUUGAUCACUCGGUCAUGUUCUACUUGAUGAAUCCGCGGGGAGAAAUGACUGAAUACUUCGGUCAGAAUGUGCUUGUGCAGGACAUGGCUACAAAGAUUGCUUCUCAUAUGGAAAAUUACAAGUGA